UCAUCCGAGAACACGCACAGCAAAGAUGGCGGCCUUCAGUGUGGCUCGGAGCAGCUGCGGACUGGUUAACGGCUUGAGGGUCUCUUUCAGGAGUUUGACGCAAGUAAAAUAUGGCGCAGUGUCUGCAUCGGUGGCGCAGACGAACCUGCACCGGGACUGCCGCUGGUAUUCGGUCAGCCACCUGUCCGUUAGGGAGAGAAUCGAGAAGAAACGGAAGGCGGCGCUAGUCGGGGGAGGUCAGAAGAGAAUAGAUGCACAACACAAAAGGGGUAAGCUGACAGCCAGAGAGCGAGUCGAACUCCUGCUCGACCCCGAGUCCUUCGUGGAGUCGGACAUGUUUGUGGAACAUCGCUGCUCCGACUUCGGCAUGGAGGAGGACAGAAACAAGUUUCCAGGUGACAGCGUGGUGACAGGCCGUGGCAGGAUCAACGGCAGGCUGGUUUAUGUAUUCAGUCAGGACUUCACAGUGUUUGGUGGUAGUCUGUCUGGAGCUCAUGCACAGAAGAUCUGUAAGAUCAUGGACCAGGCCAUGACAGUCGGGGCUCCCGUCAUCGGGCUCAAUGACUCUGGAGGAGCUCGGAUCCAGGAAGGAGUUGAGUCUCUGGCUGGAUACGCAGAUAUAUUCCUGAGGAAUGUGAUGGCUUCAGGCGUCGUCCCUCAGAUCUCCCUCAUCAUGGGACCCUGUGCAGGAGGAGCCGUCUACUCCCCCGCCCUGACAGAUUUCACCUUCAUGGUGAAGGACACAUCAUACCUGUUCAUCACAGGGCCUGAUGUCGUGAAGUCCGUCACCAACGAAGAUGUGACUCAAGAGGAGCUUGGUGGAGCCAAAACUCACACAACAGUGUCUGGUGUGGCUCACCAUGCAUUUGAAAACGACAUUGAGGCUUUGCUCAACCUGCGAGAGUUCUUCAACUUCCUACCCCUUAGCAAUCAAGAUCCCGCCCCCAUCAGGGAGUGCCACGAUCCCAGCGAUCGACUUGUACCUUCGUUGGACACCAUCGUCCCAUUUGAGUCAACUAAAGCUUACGACAUGUUGGACAUCAUUCAAGCAAUAGUGGAUGCGAAGGACUUCUUUGAGAUCAUGCCCAACUACGCCAAGAACAUCGUGGUUGGAUUUGCCCGUAUGAAUGGACGCACUGUAGGCAUUGUGGGUAAUCAGCCCAAAGUAGCUUCUGGAUGUUUGGACAUCAACUCCUCCGUGAAGGGAGCUCGCUUCGUUCGCUUCUGUGACGCUUUCAACAUUCCCAUCAUCACCUUUGUGGAUGUGCCGGGUUUCCUGCCAGGUACAGCUCAGGAGUAUGGAGGCAUCAUCAGACACGGAGCCAAGCUGCUGUUUGCCUUUGCAGAGGCCACAGUCCCGAAAAUAACCAUCAUCACCAGAAAGGCUUACGGAGGAGCCUACGACGUGAUGAGCUCCAAACACUUGAGAGGAGAUGUGAACUACGCCUGGCCCACAGCUGAGGUCGCCGUCAUGGGCGCCAAGGGGGCUGUUCAGAUUAUCUUCAGAGGAAAAGAGAACCAGGCAGAAGCAGAGGCUGAAUAUGUGGACAAGUUUGCCAACCCCUUCCCGGCUGCUGUCAGAGGUUUCGUGGAUGACAUCAUCGAGCCGGCGACGACUCGCAAGAAGAUCUGCAGCGAUCUGGAGGUGCUGGCCAGCAAAAAGCAGGUCAACCCCUGGAAGAAGCACGCCAACAUUCCUCUGUGAAACACUAAACUGCCUCAACACUAUCUGAAGGCACUUGCUGUGGGAUUUCGUUUGUUUGAAGUCAGUCGGAUUAAACGCAGUGGUACCUCGAGACGACGACUUUGGGAGAUGCAGAUGUUAGUUCCUCCUUGCCAUUUACCACUCCACUGAAAGCAGCAAGGAAAGAUCACUCCCUGAUUUGUUCCCCUUCCCACGUCACUUAGUUUUGUUUUUUUUUUGGGAUUCAGAGGAAAUGUUGGUGCCCUGUAAUCAAAAUCAGGAUAUGUUUUACAUUUUUAUCACUGAUAUGCAAAAUGUUUAUAUAAAGAUCCUAAAACCUUCCAAAUUACCUUAAAUGAACAAUCCCAUAGUCACACACAUAAUUGUCAUGACUGUAGUGGCCAUAUUGGUCACUGCUGUUGAUAGAAUUUUGAUUCGUCAAUCUCAAAAACGCAGGCAACUGUCAUUAUGAUAGUUUUAGUAGAAAAUGUGAACCUACUGUUUCCAAAUUCAGUGUACUGUAUUUAGAUUUUAACAGUGCAGUGCUUUCAAAUGCACUUCCUGCGUUCGACCGCCUCCGUGUAGGUCAAGAAAAAGUAAUAUUCACAAACUGGAACUGUGCCUUUUCUCUCUGGCAGCCUCCGUUCUGCCGUCUGUAAAAUAAAUCACGUACGCAAUA